AGGAGAUUUGGAUCAGCUGAUUGAACAGUCCGCUGCUUGUGGAGGACGAGAAGGUGAAAUAUCAUAAGAAACUGGAUAAUCUUUGGAUUUAUUCGACACUGAGGGAAACGUUCACCGACACGCCUUCCCGCAGAGGGAAAUGUCCCAGUAGGAUCUGUGUUUUUGACUGAUCACCACGAUGUCCGGGAACAACUUGGUUCUACCCAUAGUGCUGUGGGGCCGCACGGCUCCCACCCACUGCAUCAGCAGCCUGCUGGUGAUGGACGACUUCAGCACCAUCAUCACCGGCUGCCACGACGGCCAGAUCUGUCUGUGGGACAUGACGCCGGAGCUCAAGAUCUGUCCUCGGGCCAUGCUGUUCGGUCACACGGCCUCCAUCACCUGUCUGUCCAAGGCCAGCGCCAGCAGCGACAAGCAGUACAUCGUCAGCGCGUCUGAGAGCGGGGAGAUGUGUCUGUGGGACGUGAACGAUGGACGCUGCAUUGAGUUCACCAAGCUGGCCUGUGCUCACACUGGAAUCCAGUUCUACCAGUUCACCAUCGGCACUGAGAGGGAGGGGCGGCUCCUCUGCAACGGCCAUUACCCAGAAAUCCUUGUGGUGGACGCCACCAGCCUGGAGGUCCUCUACUCGCUGGUGUCCAAGAUUUCUCCCGACUGGAUCAGCUCCAUGAGCAUCAUCCGAUCUCACCGCACGCAAGAGGACACGGUGGUGGCGGUGUCGGUGACGGGCAUCCUGAAGGUCUGGAUCAUAACAGCUGAGGUCAGCAAGAUGCAGGACCUGGACCCAGUGUUCGAAGAGGAGUCCAAACCCAUCUACUGCCAGGGCUGCCAGAGCAUCUCCUUCUGCACCUUCACCCAGAGCAGCCUGCUGGUGGUCUGCUCCAAGUACUGGAGGGUGUUCGAUGCCGGGGAUUACUCCCUGCUGUGCUCGGUGCCCAGUGACAGCGAUCAGCUGUGGACUGGAGGAGAAUUCAUCGCUGCGGACAAAGUGAUCAUCUGGACUGAAGACGGCUGCAGUUUCAUCUACAAACUCCCGGCCAGCUGUCUCCCUGCGAGCGAACACUUCCGCAGCGACGUGGGCAGAACGAAGGAAGGCUCCAUCCCUCCGCUGGUCUACAGCAUCGCAGAGCGCUCAGACAAGCAGCUGCUCAUCUGUCCCCCGGUCACUCGCUUCUUCUUCGGCCGGCGGGAGCCUUUCCACAAGCUGCUGAUCCAGGGAGACUCGGCCGGCCGACUGUCCCUGUGGAGCGUCCCCGACUCCUCGCCUCCGCAGCAGCAGCCGGCCUCCACAGAGCUGCAGGUGUCGUCCACCAUCAGUCUGCAGGAGGCGUUUGAUAAGCUCACCCCCGUGUCCUCGGGCAUCAUCGACCAGCUCAGCGUCCUGCCGGGCAAAGAGCAGCCCAUUAAGGUGACGGCCAGCGUCUACAUCCCGUCCCAGGGCCGCCUGGUCUGCGGCAGAGAGGACGGCAGCAUCAUCCUGGUGCCCGCCACGCAGACCGCCAUCGUGCAGCUGCUGCAGGGCGAGCACAUGCUCCGGAGAGGCUGGCCUCCUCACCGCACCCUCCGGGGUCACCGCAACAAGGUGACCUGCGUGCUGUACCCGUACCAGGUGUCGCCGCGGUACGACCAGCGCUCGCUGGUGUCCGGGGGGGUGGACUUCUCCGUCAUCGUCUGGGACAUCUUCACCGGCGAGAUGAAGCACAUCUUCUGCGUCCACGGAGGGGAGAUCACCCAGCUGAUCGUCCCGCCGGAGAACUGCAGCACCCGGGUGCAGCACUGCGUCUGCUCGGUGGCCAGCGACCACUCCGUGGGCCUGCUCAGCCUCAGGGAGAGGAAGUGCAUCAUGCUGGCGUCGCGCCACCUCUUCCCCAUCCAGGUCAUCAAGUGGCGCCCGGCGGACGACUACCUGGUGGUGGGCUGCUCCGACGGCUCGGUCUACGUCUGGCAGAUGGACACAGGAGCCCUGGACCGGUGCGUGAUGGGCAUCACGGCCGUGGAGAUCCUCAACGCCUGCGACGAGCUGGCGCCGGCCACCGUGGACGCCCUCAGCCACUCGGCGGUCAACCUGAAGCAGGCCAUGACCCGCCGCAGCCUGGCGGCGCUCAAGAACAUGGCCCAGCACAAGCUGCAGACGCUCGCCACCAACCUGCUGGCGGCCGACAACGCCGACAAGGGAAACCUGCCCAAAUACUCCCACAACGCCCUGGUGGUGCAGGCGAUGAAGACCAACCUGACGGACCCCGACAUGCACGUGCUGUUCUUCGACGUGGAGGCGGUGAUCAUCCAGCUGCUGACGGAGGAGGCGCAGCGGCCCAACCCCAUGCUGGUGUCCCCGGAGACGCUGCAGAAGAGCCAGGCCGGCGCCGACAAGGGCGGCUCCUUCCUCGCCAACAAGAUCUUCAAACAGGUGAAGGAGACCAUGAAGGAGACCAUCAAGGAGCACCUGCUGGACGAGGACGAGGAGGAGGAGGAGGAGAUGAGGAGGCGCGAGGAGAAGUCCAAGUCCCUGAGCCUGCUGGAGUACAACCUGACCAUGGACACGGCCAAGCUCUUCAUGUCCUGCCUGCACGCCUGGGGCCUCAACCAGCAGCUGGACGCCAUCUGCCUGGAGCGGCUGGGCAUGCUGCGGCCGCACUGCCCCAUCUCCUUCGGCCUGAUCUCCCGGGGGGGGCACAUGUCCCUCAUGCUGCCCACCUUCAAGGAGUCUUUGCUGCGCCAGCUGUCGCUGCUGACGGGCCGCAAGCUGACGCUGUCGGACAUCGUGGGGAAGGGGACGUACGGCGUGUCGCGGGCCGUCACCACGCAGCACCUGCUGUCCGUCAUCUCGCUCGCCAACACGCUGAUGGGCAUGACCAACGCCACCUUCGUGGGAGAGCACAUGAAGAAGGCCCCGGCCAGGCCUCCCAGACCAGGAGGAACCCCGGAGACCCCUCGCAGGACGCCUGCCGCCCCCCCUCAGCCCUCCAACCCGGCGCUACAGGCCCAGAUCAAACAAGCUGCUGUAGCUGGCUCUGCUGCCACAGCCGGGGCCCCGGGGGCCCCUGUGGGCCCUCCUCAGGGGGCCCCCGGCUCCCCUAGCCCCGGCCCUGCAUCUCAUAGCAUCCCCUCAGUCAACGAAGGGUGGAGCCAGCUGGCGGCCAUGCACUGCGUGAUGCUCCCGGACCUCCUCGGCCUGGACAAGUUCAGACCUCCUCUGCUGGAGAUGUUGGCCCGCAGGUGGCAGGACCGCUGUCUGGAGGUCCGAGAGGCGGCCCAGGCUCUUCUGCUGGCCGAGCUGAGACGUAUCGGCCAAUCGGGACGCAAAGACACCAUCGACAUGUGGGCGCCGUACCUGCCUCAGUACGUGGACACCGUCAGCUCCCCUGGAGCCGCCGCCGAGCCCUCUCCCCCGGCCCCGCCCCCCGCCGAGCCCCAGCCAAUAGAAGCCAAGGCGCCGGAGGAGGAGAUGGACGUGACAGACGACGACAUCACGGCAGGCUGCCUGUCCAACCUGCCCCCCAACGCCAAGAAGAUCUCCAACUCGUACGAGGAGCGCCGCAAGCAGGCCACGGCCAUCGUGCUGCUGGGGGUCAUCGGGGCCGAGUUCGGGGCGGAGAUCGAGCCCCCCAAGGGGUCGGGACGGGCCCGGACCGGCGGCCAGGCCCCCGAGGGCUUCGGCCUGACCAGUGGAGGGUCGUCCAACUACUCCCUGGCCCGGCACACCUGUAAGGCGCUGACGUUCCUGCUGCUGCAGCCGCCCAGCCCCAAGCUGCCGCCGCACAGCACCAUCCGCCGCACCGCCAUCGACCUGAUCGGCCGCGGCUUCACCGUCUGGGAGCCCUACAUGGACGUGUCCGCCGUGCUCAUGGGCCUGCUGGAGCUGUGCGCCGACGCCGAGAAGCAGCUGGCCAACGUCACCAUGGGUUUGCCCCUCAACCCCCCGGCGGACUCGGCCCGCUCGGCCCGCCACGCCCUCUCGCUGAUCGCCACGGCCCGGCCGCCGGCCUUCAUCACCACCAUCGCCAGAGAGGUCCACCGGUACAACGCCGCCCAGGCCAACUCCCAGUCGCAGCAGAACGUCCACACCACCACCCUGGCCAGAGCCAAGACCGAGAUCCUGCGGGUCAUCGACAUCCUGAUCGAGAAGAUGCCCGGAGACGUGGUGGACCUGCUGGUCGAGGUGAUGGAUAUCAUCAUGUACUGUAUUGAAGGCUCUCUGGUGAAGAAGAAAGGCCUCCAGGAGUGUUUCCCUGCCAUCUGCAAGUUUUACAUGGUGGGCUACUGCGACCGGAGUCACCGGAUCGCCGUGGGAGCCCGCCAGGGCUCGGUGGCGCUCUACGACGUUCGAACCGGGAAGUGUCAGAACAUCCACGGCCAUAAGGGUCCGAUCACGGCGGUGUCCUUCGCCCCGGACGGCCGGUACCUCGCCACCUACUCCAACGCCGACAGCCACAUCUCCUUCUGGCAGAUGAACACCAGCCUGCUGGGCAGCAUCGGCAUGCUGAACUCGGCCCCCCAGCUGCGCUGCAUCAAGACCUACCAGGUCCCCCCGGUGCAGCCGGCGUCCCCGGGCUCCCAGAACCACCUCAAGCUGGCCAGGCUCAUCUGGACCUCCAACCGCAACGUCAUCCUGAUGGCGCACGACGGCAAGGAGCACCGCUUCAUGGUGUGAAGCCUGCCGCCGGCCCCCCGGCGCCCGGAGCGCCGGGUAGAGAGUCUAAACCUGAAGGCUUCCCGCCUGAAGAGUAGAAACCAGACUCAGAUUUAUAGAUUCUGUCAGAGAGAGAGAUUUGUGACCCAGUGAUCGGCUCGUUUACAUCCUGAUCUGCAUCGCCGUGUUUUUGAAUCAUUCCUAUUUAUUUGUCGUCUGAACGCUUCGGUCGUCUUGUACAUGAUUUUAUUUUGAAAGGUUUACCUCCUGCAUGGCAGAAAUGUGUGUUUCCUUCACAGGAAUGUUGAUUUGAAUGUGAAAAGUGAGCCGUUGUUUUCCUGGCUGCUGAUUGGUCGUCACUGACCCCCCCUCCCCCCCACCCCCCGAAACCGACGACCACGACAAGCUUUUCACAUUUCAGACUGUCCGUGUGUGAACCGCUGUUUGCUCUCACUUCCCUCCAUCCUGCGGAGACGUGUGUGUGUGUGUGUGUGUGUGUGUGUUUGCAACCCAGUGUGUCAGCGCUGUUAAACACACAUUCUGACUCCUCACUGCUCCCUUCACACACUUCCUGUUUCCAAAAAUCCAGACCUGGACCUGAAACGUCUCUUCUUUCUGUGUCAUCUUCAUCCUCCCGAGGCGUGACGCUGCUGUGAAGUUAAUUCCAGAUGUUUCAGCCUCUGAUGAAGAGGUGUGUGGUUGUGUGUGUGUGUGUGUGUGUGUUUGCUGAUGAUGUGACGCUGUUGGAGGAAGUCCUCCACUGUUUCAUUUCAUCUAUUCGUCCUUUCUGACUCUUUCUCUGCACAUGAGUGUGAAUACUGAGUGUGUUCUGAGCAGUGCUGUGUAAAGUAGGUAGUGUGUAUAGUGUGUGUGUAUGUAUGUGUGUGUGUGUGCGUGUGUGUGUGUGAGUGUGAGAUGUUUGCUUUAUUUAUUGUGGCUGAUGUGAAGCAGAGGAGGAGUUUCCUGCUCAGUUUGUAAAAAGCUUUGACGAUAUUUAGUUUUGAAGUGACUUGAAAAGACAGACGUCCACGUCUGAUGUGGACUGGAUGAACCAGACCCUGAUCCAGGUCUCUACACGGACCCAGACUCUGGACUCAGAUGGUUUCAACCCUGAUCCAGACUCUUGACCCGCCAGCUAGCUGCUAGCUGCCCACAGCGCUAAUGAGGCGUAGCAGAGGAAUCCUCCAGACUGAAGACAGACUGCGUCACGUCCUUCACCAUCCUCCAUCUUUUCUUGUAAAAUGUGGAUUUCAGAGUUUACUGUAGAGAGAGUUCUAUCUAAAUAUCUGCUCUAUAUAUGCUGAAGAGUUUUAUUAGUGAAUCACGGCCGCUCUGUCUGGUUUGAAGCCCUGCCUCUGCCCUUCCUCCUCCUCCUCCUCCUCCUCCUCCUGUCAGUUUCAUUAGUGCCGUCAAAAAGCUUCUAACACCGUUACACACCUGUAAACCUGAGCGUGUCAAAGCUUUUCACAGGUUCUUCCUCUGGA